AUGGCCGGUCAUGGUAAACCGGUGCCUACUAUGGAGAUAGAAUAUGUGAGGUCAGUUGUUGUCUUUCCACCUGCUGUUGAUCAAAUACCAACUCUCCAGAACUUCAGAGUUUUGCGUGUACUGGAUUUACGUGAUUGUGAUCUUUCACAAGGUAAUAGCCUUAGAUACCUUGUACAUUUGCUUCAUUUGAGGUACCUUGGACUAAGAAGGACAUGUAUUUAUCAGCUCCCUGAAGAAAUAGGAAACCUACAGUUUUUACAAAUAUUAGAAGUAGCAGGAAACAGAAUUACUAGCUUGCCGUUGACUAUUGUUCAGCUAACAAAUUUGAUGUGCCUACGCAUAGAUGAAGAGAUGAAAGUGCCGAAAUGGCUUGGGAGUCUGACAGCCCUUGAAGAUCUUUCAUCAUUAGGAAUCCGCAAUGACUCCAGAGACAUAAUAGAAGAGUUGGGCCAUCUUACAGAGCUGAAGGUGCUGGAGAUUAUCAGCUUUACUAAAUGGAACGACGGCUUGGAUCAAUCUCUCAUUGAGUGCCUAAACAAGCUGCAUAAAAUCCAGAGUCUACAAAUCAUACAUUCUUGUGGAUGCAACUUGGAUGGUUGGGUCGUCAUCAACCCUCGACUUCUCCAUAGAUUGGUACUACGGGGAUGCUGGUUAUCUACACUGCCUGCUUGGGUGAAUCCCUUGCUCCUUUUGAACCUCUCCUUCUUUGACAUCAGGGCGAGGAGGGUGCAGCAGGAGGAUCUUGAAAUCCUUGGGAGAUUGCCUGCUCUCUGGUAUCUAGAUCUCACAGUGGACCAUGAGGAUCUUGGGAUUCACGGGAGAUUUGCUGUUGGUGAUUGUUCAUUCCCAUGCCUGGAACGCUACACGUUCCGGGGAUUUAGUGGGUCUGUUGUGUUUCAGCAAGGAGCUAUGCCGAGGCUCACAGAACUUCAGUUGCAACUCCUUGUGCGGCAGACCAGAGAAAUCAACGGUGGCUUUGACUUGGGCCUGGGUAACCUGCCUUCGCUGCAGGAUGUCCGCAUUUGGUUCAGAUCUGGAGGGGCCAGCACAGAGGAGGUGAAGGAAGCAAAAGCCACAGCGAUGCAGGCAAUUAGAGUUAGGGAAUACUUUCUCUGA